CGAUUUGGGGCUUUUCUGGGGGACGGAGUUCUAUCUUCCAUUGUUACCGACGUCGUCUGUACGGCCUCUUGUCCUGACCACAAUCCGGCUUCAUUCCUGCCCCUGGGCAACCUAAUACGCGCAAACAUCAUUGCACGAUGCUGCGAAGCUCCAUUUGCAAGGCCGGCAGCCGGGUGCUGCACGGCGCAGCUCGGUCAAGCUCGUCGGCAUGUUUCUCAAUGCCCUCUGCCGGCGCAAGCUGGAAGCUCGCAUCGUGCCGCCGCCCAUUGGCCAUCUCGACUCACAAGAGAUACGCUUCCGCAUUAUCGAGCCCGCCCGAUCCGAACGACAACUUCCUCUCCGGCAAUACCGCAAAUUAUAUCGACGAGAUGUACUUGCAGUGGAAGGAGGAUCCCAAGAGCGUCCACGUCUCGUGGCAGAUCUACUUCAAGAACAUGGAGAGUGGCGACAUGCCCAUUUCCCAGGCAUUCACACCUCCCCCAUCCCUGGUUCCUGCUUCCCCAGCCAUCGUGCCCAACGUGGCGGGAGCAGGCGUCGGCAUCGGCGAGGGCUCCGACGUCACAAACCAUCUGAAGGUGCAGCUCCUAGUGCGCGCAUACCAGGCACGAGGCCACCACAAGGCGAACAUCGAUCCUCUCGGCAUUCGCAACGAGUCAAAAGGGUUUGGUAACAUCAAGCCGAAGGAACUGUCGCUCGAGUACUACCAGUUUACCGAUAAGGAUCUCGAUGCCGAAUUCAGCCUCGGUCCUGGCAUCCUGCCACGAUUCAAAAAGGAGGGCAGGGAGAAGAUGACGCUCCGAGAGAUCGUUGCCGCGUGCGAGAACAUCUACUGCGGUUCGUACGGCGUCGAAUUCAUCCAUAUCCCUGACAGGGAAAAGUGUGACUGGCUCCGGGAACGCAUUGAGGUUCCGCAGCCGUUCAAGUACACAAUCGAUGAGAAGAGACGGAUCCUAGACCGAUUGAUCUGGAGCUCCAGCUUCGAGUCCUUCCUCGCUACCAAGUACCCCAACGACAAGCGGUUCGGCCUCGAGGGCUGCGAGACCUUGGUUCCCGGCAUGAAGGCUCUCAUUGACCGAAGUGUUGAUUACGGUGUCAAGGACAUCGUUAUCGGAAUGCCGCAUCGUGGUCGUCUCAACGUCCUGAGCAACGUCGUCAGGAAACCCAACGAGUCGAUCUUCAGUGAAUUCGCGGGUACGGCUGCCGGCGAGGACGAAGGCUCUGGUGACGUCAAAUACCAUUUGGGCAUGAAUUUUGAGCGCCCUACACCGUCGGGCAAGCGCGUGCAGCUUUCCCUGGUCGCAAAUCCUUCGCACUUGGAGGCCGAGGACCCGGUUGUUCUCGGCAAGACUCGUGCCAUCCAACACUAUAACAAUGAUGAGCAGACCCAUCGCACUGCGAUGGGUGUCCUGCUCCAUGGCGAUGCUGCCUUUGCCGCCCAGGGCGUUGUCUACGAGUGCCUGGGCUUCCACUCGCUUCCGGCUUUCUCUACUGGCGGCACCAUCCACCUGGUCGUGAAUAACCAGAUCGGUUUCACCACAGACCCUCGUUUCGCCCGGUCUACUGCUUACUGCACGGAUAUCGCCAAGGCUAUUGACGCCCCGGUCUUCCAUGUCAACGCUGAUGACGUUGAAGCCGUUAACUUCGUCUGUCAACUGGCGGCUGACUGGCGUGCCGAGUUCAAGCAGGAUGUCAUUAUCGACAUGGUCUGCUAUCGCAAGCACGGCCACAACGAGACUGACCAGCCGUCUUUCACACAGCCGCUCAUGUACAAGCGCAUCCAGUCUCACGACCCCCAGAUCGAGAUCUACGUCAACCAGCUCAUGAAGGAGGGCACGUUUACCAAGGAGGACAUCGAGGAGCACAAGCAAUGGGUGUGGGGCAUGCUGGAAGACAGCUUUUCCAAGUCCAAGGACUACCAGCCAACCUCGAAAGAAUGGACGACUUCGGCCUGGAACGGAUUCAAGUCCCCCAAGGAGUUGGCAAUCGAGGUUCUCCCUCACAAUCCUACCGGCGUGGAUAAGCAUACGCUGCAACACAUUGGCGAAGUCAUUGGAUCAGCACCCGAGGGGUUCCAAGUCCAUCGCAACCUCAAGCGUAUUCUCUCGAACCGGACCAAGAGCGUUCUCGAAGGAAAGAACAUUGACUGGUCAACCGCCGAAGCCUUGGCCUUUGGCUCGCUUGUCACGGAAGGUCACCAUGUCCGUGUCUCUGGCCAGGAUGUUGAGCGUGGUACCUUCUCCCAGAGGCAUUCCGUCUUCCACGACCAGGAGAAUGAGGACACAUACACCCCUCUGCAGCAUGUCAGCAAGGACCAAGGCAAGUUCGUCAUCUCGAACUCGUCACUCAGCGAAUUCGGUGCCCUUGGUUUCGAAUACGGCUACUCCCUGACCUCCCCCAACGCCCUGGUCAUGUGGGAGGCUCAGUUCGGCGACUUCGCCAACAACGCCCAGUGUAUCAUCGACCAGUUCAUUGCAUCGGGCGAGGUCAAGUGGAUGCAGCGAACCGGCCUUGUCAUGUCCUUGCCUCACGGCUAUGACGGCCAGGGUCCCGAACACUCCUCCGGCCGUCUCGAGCGAUACCUCCAGCUCUGCAACGAGGACCCGCGAGUCUUCCCGUCCGAUGAUAGGUCUCAGCGGCAACACCAGGACUGCAACAUGCAGAUCGCUUACAUGACUACCCCUGCCAACCUGUUCCACAUUCUCCGGCGCCAAAUGAACAGGCAAUUCCGGAAGCCUCUCAUCAUUUUCUUCUCCAAAGCUCUCCUGCGUCAUCCUGUUGCUCGCUCCGACCUUGACGAAUUCACCGGCGAUUCCCAGUUCCACUGGAUCAUCCCGGACCCAGCUCACGGGUCAGGUGGUCUCAAGUCUCAUGACGAGAUCGAGCGCGUCAUUCUCUGCUCCGGCCAGGUGUACACUGCCCUGCUAAAAUACCGUACCGAUAACAACAUCGACAAUGUCGCGAUUACACGCAUUGAGCAACUUCACCCCUUCCCAUGGCAGCAACUGCGGGAGAACCUUGACCAAUACCCCAACGCCAAGACCAUCGUCUGGGCCCAGGAGGAACCCCUCAAUGCUGGCGCUUGGAGCUUCACCCAACCCCGAAUUGAGACUCUGCUGAACCAGACCGAGUUCCACGACCGGAAACACGUCAUGUAUGCCGGCCGUAGCCCGAGCGCGUCCGUUGCCACUGGUCUCAAAUCAACACACACCAAGGAGGAACAAGAAUUCCUGGAAAUGGCUUUCUCGGUCAAGCAGGACAAACUCAAGGGAGAGUAGGAGUAGUAAGGAAGAAGCAAUGAUGUUGGAGGGCAACUCCGUCACGUCCAACGGGGUUCGAGGGUCAUAGACAAAAAAAAAAGAACUCAAAACAUUCGAGAAUGGGUAGCCAGGGAGGGAACGCGGAGGGCCGGUUGUGGUUGUAGAGUAUUUGUAUACCUGCAAAAACAAAAAA